AUGACUGAGCCAGAGGACGUUGAGGAAGAUCUCUUCGCUGAUUUGUAUGAUGCUGAUGAGACAACUCAACCAGCUGCCCCUCCAGCUUCGGCUCCGGCUCCGACUCCGGUUCCAGCUGUCAUAUCAUCGACGCCACAUCCUGGAACAGCAAAUCUAUCACAGACACAGCUAGCUCAAACACAACCUCAAGCACCAUUUCAAGCUCAAACUACAGAGAAUUAUGAGCCAGGCUCUACAGAUGCAGCAAAUUAUGAGCAGCCAGGUGGUCAAAAUGGUAUUUCACAGUUUGACGUUGCAGCCCAAGUGGACAGCACAAGCUUAAUGAACACACAACCAGAAACCCAAGGGACUGGUAUUAAAGAAGAUGGGUAA